AUGGGGUCGUCUUCCUAUGUCGAGCGGGCCUCCCCGCGCCACUCAUCCAAAGACCUAACCUCCACAACCGAUCUGGAAUCAGGCUAUGCCUCAGCAUCGUCGUCGACAGCAGAGUCCACGAGCGAGCUACCCCAAGUGACGCUCACCGCACCACACGUCAAACACCUCAACCAGCAAUUAGAAAAGAUGAACUCCAUGGACCGGCUCCGCUUCGUCAAGAUCUUAUUUCCCAACCUAUACCAAUCAACAGCCUUCGGUCUCACCGGCCUAGUAUCCACAGACAUGCUCUCCAAAAUCGAGAAGGAAUCGCCUGGCUCGUCGCCCGUCGACCUCAUCUUCCUCGACACGCUGUACCACUUCCAGGAAACAUACGACCUGGUCCAAAGAGUCAAGGAUCGGUACCCCAACAUCAAGAUCCACACUUUUAAACCCCACGACGCCAACACCACCGCCGAGUUCGAGGAGCGCUAUGGCGAGAAGCUAUAUGAAACCGCUGCCGAACUAUACGACUGGAUCGCCAAGGUCGAGCCGCAACAGCGCGCGUACGCGGAACUCAACGUAGCUGCUGUCCUGACUGGUCGCCGGCGUUCGCAAGGCGGCGAGCGUGACAAGAUCGGCGUGCUGGAGGUCGACGAGGAGACGGGCAUCGUCAAGAUCAACCCGCUCGUCGACUGGACCUUCGCCCAGGUCAAGCAGUACAUCACCGAGCACAACGUGCCGUAUAACCCGCUCUUAGAUCGCGGGUACAAAUCCGUCGGCGACUGGCACUCGACAUCUCCCGUGUCCGCGGGUGAGGACGAGCGCGCAGGACGCUGGAAGGGCCAAGAGAAGUCCGAGUGCGGCAUCCACAACAAGAAAUCGCGGUACGCGCAGUACCUACAAGAAAUGCAGCGGAAAGCCGAAGAGGAGCGGCUUACCGCGGCGCUCAAGAGUCUUGAGCGGGAGCAGCAGACUGAGGUCACGGUAUGA